UUUCACUUUGUUAUUUAUUAAAUAAAAAAAAAAGUUUCUAAAAAAAAUUUUGCAAAGGUUCUCACGAAAAAGUCUGCCGUCGAGUCGUCGUGUCUACAUAAUCAAUUUGUUUAUCCAAAUAAAACUAAAGUUCUUAAUAGAAAGUGCAUUGCAAAAAACAGUUCAAUUAACUUUCCAUUUUUUUUCUACUUUCAACGCGAAGAACAGAAAGAAAACGACCAAAUUCCAUACCAAAUCUGCUCAAAUAUCAUCGAAAAAGAAUUCAAAAAUCUAGGUAAAGGCCAAUCAAUUGACAUUAUUAAUUUUAAAAUAUACGAUGUUGGGUUACAAGGGGUUAAAGGUCAACAUUGAGGAAGACGACCACGUCAACAAUUCCCAGCAGAAAGAUUAUUUUACUGGGGCACAAAGGCGACGUAUAGCUGCCCAGAUCAGGGACGGCAUUGAGCCAGAAGAAGCAAGGCGCAGAGAAAAAAUAAGAUACGCAAAGGCAUUAGAAGACCAGAAGGCAGGCAUAUUAGUGCAAGCAAGAAACAAGGUCAAAGGGGAACGGUCAGCUGACAACUCGCCAGCAGCAGUCACGAUUAAGGCAGACGAAUACGUCAACAAACCCCAGCAGAAAGAUUAUUUCACUGGGGCACAAAAGCGACGUAUAGCUGCACAGAUUUGGGACGGCAUUGACCCAGAAGAAGCAAGGCGCAGGGAAAAAGCUCGAUACGCAAAAGUAUUAGAAGAAAGAGAACGGUCAGCUGGCAACUCCCCUGCAAAAGCAGCAGUCAUGAUUGAGGGAGACGACUACGUCAACAAAGCCCAGCAAAAAGAUUAUUUCACUGGGGCACAAAAGAGACGUAUAGCUGCGCAAAUCAGGGACGGCAUUGAACCAGAAGAAGCAAGGCGCAGGGAAAAGGCUAGAUAUGCAAAAGUAUUAGCAAACAAGGAGGCAGGCAUAUUAGUGCAAGCAACAACCAACCGCAAAAGGGAAUGGUCAGCUGACAACUCCCCUGCAAGAUCAACAGUCAUGAUUGAGGGAGACGACUACGUCAACAUACCACAGCAGAAAGAUUAUUUCACUGGGGCACAAAGGCGACGUAUAGCUGCUCAGAUCAGGGACGGCAUUGAGCCAGAAGAAGCAAGGAGAAGGGAAAAGGCUAGGUACGCAAAAGUAUUAGCAGAAGAAAGAGAACGGUCAGCUGACAACUUCCCUGCAGGACCAGCCCCGAAGAAGCAUCGUGCUCACGUGGAGACCAGACCCAGCCCAAGCACUAGCAAACAAGACAACUUCUUUUUCAACCAUGGAAGAGAAGAUGCUUAUUCGAGACCAAGCACAUCAGGGGGCUCCUAUCGGGAUGCCACAGCUCAAUGUAAGAUCGCGAUUGUUCACUUGCUACAUCCGUUCCAAACACUUACUGAGCGUGAAACCAAACUGGUCAAAAAAAGCGUUCUGGAAGAGAUGGACAAAAGAUAUAGAAACUGUCCAGCAAUUAAGUUUGUGGCUGUCUCGGACAGAGACGGAUGUCUUUCAUUUACCUGCCACGACACGGAGACCAAGAAAUGGCUCAUGUCUACAGCAGAGAAAAUAAAGCCAUGGCACGGCGCAAAACUACGUGUGAUUCAGGUCAACGAUAUACCAAAGCAACACGUUUGCAUCACAUAUGUCCCGGAAGACGAUAACCUCACCAAGGACAUAUUUCUAAAUCGGAUUGGAAAACAAAACACCAAUCUAAACACCAAAGACUGGAGGGUCCUCAGUAUCGUUAAGGAAAGCGGCGGAUAUCACGUCACAUUCUCCGUCGAUGAGCAAUCCAAGGACUCCAUUCUGAAGUCCAAGUGCAAAUUGUUUUUGAACUUUUCUCAGAUCGAAAUUAGGAUCAAGGGAAGUUCAAUACAGGAAAACUAUGGCACACAAGAAGAGGGCUUUAUAACACCACAGGAAGCCAAUAAUGAUGCUCCUGUAUUCAGUGGGUCAACGGUAGAGGAACUGAUGCUUUCGCUCAUGCCAGUAAACCCGAUCUACAAUAACUAUGGGAAUGAGGUGUAUCGAAAUGAAUAUGCAACACGCGAAGUACUGCCUCGGCGGUACUAAGCAGAUUUAAUAUAUAACACCUUUAUAAAGCCUUUAUCCAGGAGCCUUACAUAGUAAAAUACCAGAUAAAAGGCCUAUCAGCACACCAACAAGGAUAUAGCAGCAGCUAUCAUCCAUCUACACACCUCGGAGGGCAGGUCAGAAGCUGUCAUAUGCUCAACCUAUCUGAAGGGGGGAUUCUGCCGACCUCAGCUUAAUGUAAUACUUUAUUUUUUGGCUCUGAUUAUGCCAUUUCACCACUGCAAGAUCUAAUCGACUACUGUGGCAGAACAGACCGGCAAAUCAUCGCUAGUUGUGAUGCCAACGCCCACCACACUGUGUGGGGCAGCUCCAACAUAAACAAAAGAGGAAUAUCAAAAUGAGUAAAGCUCCAGGACCAACAC